GGGUUAAUCGAGGAGACAGGAAUUGAGGGACCUAAGAGAUUUGUACAAGUAUAACAACAUCAUAACAGCGCCGUCAUUCUACUUCCGUCAAUUUCUUCCAAGGUUUCUUUACGCGUUCCUUUGGGCCAUACAUUUUGGCCAUGGAAACCCCAUCGACUAAAUCCACGCUUCCGCUUUCCGAGAUCGCACCAAUUCAUCAUAAUCAUACAGAACAGAACAUAGCAAACCUCAUAGAAGCUAUUUGCGGCAUUGAUUUUUCACGAGACAUCGACAAUUGCACAUCCAAAUCGAGAACUAGACAUUCUCCAGCCAAGAAUGAUGAGAGACCAGCUGCAGUGCUCUAUCCUAAGACAACCGCCGAGGUUUCUAAGGUAGUCAAGGCCUGCCAUGAGCGAGACAUUGCAGUCACAUCAUUCGGUGGUGGUACAAGCCUUGGUGGGGCUUUGACAGCGACGAGAGGCGGCAUUUGCAUCGACUUCAAGUACAUGGACAAGGUGGUAGAAGUCCACGAAGACGACUUGGAUGUGGUAGUGCAGCCGAAUGUGGGAUGGGUAGAGUUGAAUCAGAUGCUGGAGGGAAAGGGCCUGUUCUUCCCACCAGAUCCGGCUCCAGGAGCGAAAAUUGGAGGAAUGAUUGCAAUGUCUUGCUCUGGCACCAACGCAUACCGCUACGGGACAAUGAAAGAUUGGGUCAUCUCUCUGACACUUGUGCUUGCAGACGGAACUGUAGUCAAGACGCGGAAUCGGCCAAGAAAGUCCUCAGCGGGAUACGAUCUUACGCAUCUUAUCAUUGGCUCUGAAGGCACCCUGGCAUUGGUAACUGAAGCUGUUCUGAAAGUCACAGCGCUUCCGCAGAAUCUCCACGUCGGAAUGGCGAGCUUUGGAUCUCUGCAAGAUGGGGUCGACGUGGCAGUAAAAAUCCUGAAGAGCGGUCAUUUGCUAGAGGCCAUUGAAUUUCUAGAUGGGCCUAGUAUGGGAGCAAUUGCACAAUCAGGUCUAAUAAGGGAGACCGUUGAAGUGGCACCAACAUUGUUCGUAAAGCUUGCAGGGUCGCCUCAGACUGUAAAGGAGCAGAUGCAGUUUGUCGCACAGUUAUUUUCUGAUCAUGGAGCGAAUAAGGUCGAGUUUUCUCAUGAGAGGAGAAGGAUCGAGGCUAUUUGGGGCGUUAGAAAAUGCCUUGCAAAUGCACUGGUCACCAUGAAGAACGACCCCAGUGACUUGUUCCUGCACACCGACGCCGCUGUCCCUAUUUCCAAGAUGGCUGAGCUCAUCCACAGAAGCGAGAAGAUUGUAAGAGGCAGCGCGGAAGGAAGAAACUGGUUUUGUGCAAGCGUUGGUCAUGUUGGUGACGGAAACGUUCACACUGCCAUUAUAUGCCCGCAGGACGCGAAAGGGGAAGCAGAGAAGCUGCUCUCUGGAGUGCAACGGCUUGCAUUGGAGCUUGACGGUACCAUUACAGGGGAACAUGGUGUUGGGUUGAAACUCACAGGGCUGCUCGCGGACGAAGUGGGCGAUAGUGGCGUGGAUCUCAUGAGGAAGAUUAAGUUGGCCUUGGAUCCUAAAUGUAUUCUCAAUCCUGAUAAAGUUGUGAGAUUGGAAAUGGACGUCUGA